UGUUACCCCACCGACACAGCACCACAGUUUCUCACUAUGAAAGACUGGAACUACUAUCAAACACUAUUGCAUGAAGGGAUAGCCGGCUUCCGCCAUCUUGUUUACCAACGUCAAAGGAACGUAAUUGGAAACGAAAAUUGAGUGCAAAAUUCACUUCAGCACACACUGAGACCUUCCCUUGAUCGUUAUUUAGAUUUUGAUACUCAAGAAGGGUCCAAGAACAGCUUCCAAAAUGUCUUACAUGCUUCAGCAUCUUAAAAAUGGUUGGCAAGUUGAUCAGGCAAUCAUGUCGGAAGAAGAUCGAGUUGUGGUCAUUCGAUUUGGUCACGAUUGGGAUCCAACAUGCAUGAAAAUGGACGAAGUAUUAUACACCAUUGCGGAUAAAGUGAAGAACUUUGCAGUGAUCUACGUAGUGGAUAUUACAGAGUGUCCGGAUUUUAACAAAAUGUAUGAAUUGUAUGACCCCUGUACGACCAUGUUCUUUUAUCGAAACAAGCACAUCAUGAUUGACUUGGGCACAGGAAAUAACAAUAAGAUCAACUGGGCUUUGGAGGAUAAACAAGAAAUGGUUGAUAUUGUGGAGACUGUUUAUCGUGGAGCGCGGAAAGGCCGAGGUUUGGUUGUUUCACCCAAGGAUUAUUCCACCAAGUACCGUUAUUAGGAUCAGAAUCUUCUGCUUUGCACUUUAUUAGUGGACAAAUAAGCUUUUUCGUUAUAUUCAUUAUAAUUUCAAGGCAACGUUAACUUUCCUUUUACACAUUAAAUUGUUCAGUAUGGGUGUUGGGUUCAUAGUUUUAAACUAAUCUUAUCUGAUUUCUGGAAACAAUGACUAAACAAAUGUUUAAGGGCUAAAGAACAUUUCUUUUGCUUGUUGAAUGAUCAAGUCUAAAGCUUUAUAAAGUAUUUGUUGUUGCCAAUGUCAUAGCCUUCCUUGCAGUAUUUCAGGUGAGUGAGUAGGAAAUAUUUUGAGCAAAUGUUGAAGGGAACAUAUUUUGUUGAUACAAGUGAGGAGGGCCUGGAUAAAAUCUUUUCUUUCUUGUUACCAUGGUUGCCAAAGGUCAGGAAAAAGUCAGGGAAAACCAAAAUUCUUCAAGGUCAGGGAUAAGUCAGGGAAUUUCACUCAGAUUCAGAGAAAAUUUACAUCUUUGAAAGAAAUCAGAGAAAAAGUAAAAUUUCAAGUAAAUAUGAAGUAGUCCAUCUUGCCUUGGCUCUAUUCUCUAUAAAAGUUGGGGACACUUCCCUUUUUGUGAUAUUGAUGUUACUCACGCAUAUUGUUAAGAACAGUUGACUGACUUUUGACCAGCACAUCCUUUGUCUUUGUAAUGCAAGUUCAAGUUGUAUAGGAAUAAAAGCCUAAAUUUUUUCUUCUUCUUCAUUGUUUUCAAACAUUUUAAACCCAUUGGUACAUUUCACAGACAUGAAAGGUUUUGGACAGCUAGAAUUAUAUUUAAUGAAAUUGAAUGACAAACUGAUGUCAGGUUUCCAAGAAAAUCAAUCCUUUUUCCAUGUUUAUACCUAAAUGAAUUAUCUUUCCAUGUUCACUGUAUGUGACUUGCCAAAAGUACAAGGUUAUGGGUGAAGAGGAAUAGUGGAGGUUAGAGGUCAUGAUUAGGAUCCAGGGUUUGAAUUGUUAAUUCAGUUGGUUUGGGAAAUUUUAAGGUUGUCACAGAAUUUCAAAAUCCAAUCAAGGUGGCAACCAUGGUUACACAUAUUUCUGCACAAAUUAAGACUUGUUGCUAUGUCGCUAUCUUUUUAUAUUGAUUUAGUUUGGCAAUAUUAGUAAAGAAGACUUCUGCUUAUUGCUGUAAUUUUAGUGGAAUGCAAUAUUCAAGGAAGUAAGGCAAGCUUUAACUCCCCUGAGUGACCAAUGGACAAUUUCUAACAUUUUAAAUACAACAGUAAUGCUCUGAACUUAGAGUUGUGUGUAAAGACAUCAGUUGUGGCAAUAAAAAAUAACUACCUCAUCAUGUUUGAUUUACAUGUUAAACUGAUUCUGUAUGUCUUAAAAUUUAAUCAACACAGAAACCACCAAAGUGGUAAUAUUACCAAACAGUAUUUUUGUGCCUAUUAAAUAUAGAUAAGUUACUGUACUUAAAUAUUUGUUGUUUAUUUCUCUCUGUAGUAAAGAAUAAAAUAUUGCUUAUACUG